GGGCCUGCCGGGGCGUUGGCCCCAGUCGGCGGCGAGGCGCGGCCUCGGGGCCCGCAGCGGCGUUGGCGUGAGCGGCUCCUUCCCGCAUGGCGGCUCCGCCCGGGGCAGGUGGCGCCUCCUGGGACGGGCCGUGACGGGCGGCGGGGAAGAGGCGGCCGCGGAGACCUCGAGGUUCCCGCCGAGGCGCGCUGCGCGGGGGGCGGGUUAGCGCCGCGGGGGCCGGCGCGGGGAAGCCCCGCAGAUCGGCGCUGCCUGGGACGCCGUGACAGCGGGGCCGGGGACACAGAAGAGCCCGCUUGGCACUGCCCAGUGCCCGCCUGAGGUGGGGUGUUGGGGCUGCCAGGCAGCCUGGGCCAGCCAUGGCUUUUACCAAUUACAGCAGCCUGAACCGUGCCCAGCUGACCUUCGAGUACCUGCAUACCAACUCAACCACUCAUGAGUUCUUGUUUGGUGCCCUUGCUGAGCUUGUAGAUAAUGCCAGAGAUGCUGAUGCCACGAGAAUAGAUAUUUACACAGAACGGCGAGAGGACCUGCGAGGUCAAUUCAUGCUAUGUUUUUUGGAUGAUGGAGCAGGAAUGGAUUCAAGUGAUGCCGCAAGUGUGAUUCAGUUUGGUAAAUCGGCCAAACGAUCACCAGAGUCGACUCAAAUUGGGCAGUAUGGGAACGGCUUGAAAUCGGGUUCCAUGCGGAUUGGGAAGGAUUUUAUCCUGUUCACUAAGAAAGACACCACUAUGACCUGCCUCUUCCUGUCACGCACAUUUCACGAGGAAGAAGGGAUCGAUGAGGUGAUUGUGCCACUGCCCACCUGGAACACACGUACCCGGGAGCCCAUGACCGAUAAUAUGGAAAAAUUUGCAAUUGAGACUGAGCUCAUUUACAAGUAUUCCCCCUUCAAGUCAGAGCAAGAGGUGAUGGAGCAGUUUAAGAAAAUCCCUGGGGAGAAGGGGACCUUAGUGAUUAUCUUUAAUCUCAAACUGAUGGAUAAUGGGGAGCCAGAGCUGGAUGUGACCUCCGACCCCCGAGAUAUCCAGAUGGCAGAAACCCCCCCCGAAGGAACGAAGCCAGAGCGUCGCUCCUUCCGUGCCUAUGCUGCUGUCCUUUAUAUUGAUCCCAGAAUGAGGAUCUUCAUCCACGGACACAAAGUGCAAACCAAGCGACUUUCCUGUUGCCUCUACAAGCCCAGGAUGUAUAAAUACACUUCAAACCGCUUCAAGACCCGUGCGGAGCAGGAGGUGAAGAAAGCGGAGCACAUGGCUCGGAUAGCGGAGGAGAAGGCUCGAGAGGCCGAGAGUAAAGCCCGUGCACUAGAACUUCGCCUGGGCGGGGAUCUCACACGAGACUCCAGGGUGACUCUACGGCAAGUCCAGAACACAGCCAUAACCAUGCGUAGAGAGGCUGAUGUCAAGCGGCGGAUCAAGGAGGCAAAGCAGCGUGCACUGAAGGAGCCUAAAGAGUUGAACUUCAUCUUCGGGGUGAAUAUCGAACAGCGGGAUUUGGAUGGCAUGUUCAUCUAUAACUGCAGUCGGCUGAUUAAGAUGUAUGAGAAGGUUGGCCCACAGUUGGAGGGUGGCAUGGCAUGUGGUGGAGUGGUAGGAGUGGUGGACAUACCCUACUUGGUUCUCGAGCCCACCCACAAUAAACAGGACUUCGCAGAUGCUAAAGAGUAUCGACACUUGCUGAGGGCGAUGGGGGACCACUUGGCUCAGUACUGGAAGGAUGUUGCGAUUGCCCAGAGAGGUAUAAUCAAGUUUUGGGAUGAAUUUGGCUAUUUAUCAGCAAACUGGAACCAGCCUCCCUCCAGUGAUCUGCGCUACAAACGCCGUCGAGCCAUGGAGAUCCCCACCACAAUUCAGUGCGAUAUGUGUUUGAAAUGGCGGACCCUCCCAUUCCAGCUGAGCUCCGUGGAGAAGGAAUACCCGGAUACUUGGGUGUGCUCCAUGAACCCUGACCCUGAGCAGGAUAGGUGUGAAGCUUCAGAGCAGAAGCAGAAGGUGCCCCUGGGAACACUGAAAAAGGACUUCAGAUCACAAGAGGAGAAGCAGAAGCAGCUGACGGAGAAAAUUCGCCAGCAGCAGGAGAAACUGGAGGCUCUGCAGAAAACAACUCCAAUCCGGUCCCAAGCUGACCUGAAGAAAUUGCCUCUGGAAGUGACCACACGGCCUAUCGUGGAGGACUCCCAAUCACUGAGCAGACCUCAACGCCCGCGAUCUCCUCCUUUACCCGAUGUAAUUAAAAAUGCUCCCACCAGGCCGCCGCCGCCUCCCCCCAAGUCCAUCAGCCAACUGCGAAAGGCCCCCCUGGCUCGGCCAGCCAUCAGCACUCCCAAACUGGCAAGUGUGCUAUCCAGGGAGGAAGCUAGUACUUCCAGGACACAGCAGCAUAUUGUGACUGCGGGAAAGUCAAACAGCACAGUUGUCAGGACUCCUGCCAAACCCAUCCAUGUGGGGAGGCCACCCCCCAUGCUUCUGCAGAACUCCAUGAGCCAGCGUGAGACUCCCAGCCCCAAAAUUGUAAAGACGCCGGUGCUGAAAAAACCUGCAGCACUCAAACCUCCCCAGCAGGCCUCCAGCAUCCGCAAGAGGACAUUGAACACCAUGGAGGAUGGAGCUGAGGAAGAAGUGGAGCAGAAGAAGGAGAAAACGAAACGGGGCAAAUUUGUGGUAGUGAAAGAGGAGAAGAAGGACUCAAACGAGGUGGUGGUUGAGCUCACAGACAGUGCAGGGGAGGAGGAACUAGCAGAUCUGAAAAGAGCCCAAAAAGACAAAGGGCUGCAUGUGGAGGUACGAGUGAACAAGGAAUGGUUCACAGGCCGUGUCACGGCUGUGGAGAUGGGCAAGCAUGCCAUACGCUGGAAGGUGAAAUUCGAUUACGUACCUACAGACACCACACCAAGAGAUCGCUGGGUAGAGAAGGACAGUGAGGAUGUACGGUUGAUGAAGCCUCCCUCUCCAGAGCAUCAGAGUCCAGACACACAGCAGGAAGAAGAGGAGGUUGCAGCUGAGCCUUCUACCUCAGACUGUGCCCGAAUUGAGCCAGACACCACCGGUCCCAGCAGCAACCAGGAGACUGUGGAUUUGCUAGUCCAGACACUCCGGAAUUGUUUGCGGUACUUCUUACCUCCAAAUUUUCCCAUCUCCAAGAAGGAGCUGAGUUCCAUGAGUUCAGAAGAAUUGAUGGCUUUUCCUCUGAAAGAAUAUUUCAAACAGUACGAGAUGGGUCUGCAGAACUUGUGCAAUUCCUAUCAGACUCGUGCUGACGCCCGGGCCAAAGCCUGUGAGGAAAACCUCCGCAGCUCAGAGAGAAAACUUAAGGAAACAGAGGAGAAACUGCAGAAGCUGAGGACUAAUAUUGUGGCACUUCUGCAGAAAGUGCAGGAGGACAUCGAUAUUAAUACUGAUGAUGAGCUGGAUGCAUAUAUUGAGGACCUGAUCACCAAGGGAGACUGA